AUGUUCGACGAUCUUUUAAAUCAAGAAAUUGAAAUAGAUGUCGAACUUCUUAACAAUCUUUGUAUUCAGGCUAGGAGUGGCAAUCAGAAAGCUAAUGAUAUUUUAUUACAAGUCAAAGAGAGACCAGAUUUAUACAGUAUUUUCGAUGAUGUGAUGUCAGCCGACGCAGAUGAAUAUACAAAAAUGCUUUUACUCCAGACAAUCAACAAUAUUAUCAAAUAUAAAUGGAAUCUUCUCCAAGAUCAAGAAAAAGAAAGUUUGACUAAUUCGAUUAUACAAUACAUUGAUGCAUAUGCAGCAGCAGAAGUCAGUCCAGGUAUCAAAUCGGCAAUGAACUUAGCAUUUGCUUCGCUUAUAAUUAUACAUCUUCCAGAUGAAACGUAUUUCACACCACUACUCAAUCUUACUACGACAGAGUUUCAUCUAUACAACAACCUACAGAUUCUUAUCAUAUUUUUCGAAGAAGUUUUCGAAGAUGAAAAAGUUUGGUUAACAUCUGUGCAAAGAAAUACGGGAAAGCUAUUUAUUCAAAGCCAUGCUCAACAGAUCUUUUCAUAUACACUCCAAUUAAUACAGAGUACAGGCGAAGAAUUGAUUCUUUCCAGAGUUUUUUCAAGUUAUAAAUAUUUUAUCAAUUUUAUUUCAUUAGAAACACUCGGUGAAGCAGAUUUCUUCAAUAUGAUAUGCCAAGGAUACUUACAAUCCCCUAAUUUCAUGCCUUUUAUCUUAGAUACAAUUGAUUCAAUUUUUGGAGUGGACGAACUCCCAGAAAUCCUUUUACAGCUUGUCCCUCAAGUAUUCUCCACAGUUACCGAGACAGUUAUGCAAGUUCUACCUCCAAACGACGACUUUGAAGUAAUUGAUCCUGAUUCCGGCAUCAAAAUCAUUGCAGAAGCCCUUAAACUCUUCCCCAGCAAGUAUCCCAGCAUUGUCGAAGUAGAAGAGCUUGCUCAGCCUAUCAGUUUGAUUGCGCAAUGGUUUUGUUCCGCGUUAAAUGUUGAUGACAUCGAAGUUUUUCGAACAUCUAAUGAUUACUGGAAUUCCGUGCUCCACAGGUACUCAGACAAGAAGAAUCCGAUGGUAGAAGGCUUCAAACAGAUCUACAAUGAAGUUUUACCGCACGUCAGUCGUCUUUUGAUGCAAAAAAUGCCUCGGCCUCCCGAAGUUUUGAUUGUUGUUGAUUCUAUGGGCGGAAUUACUCGAGAUACACAAAAGGAGACAUUAGAAGCAUCCUUGUUUCAAGUUGUUCGCCAGAACUUGGUCAUUAUUUCUCAUAUAGACAUAGAAGACACAAUUUUGGCUUUGACGGAAAUGAACAAUCAAAUUUCGUCAAAUUUUGACUCAACGAAAUUCAAUUCACUUUAUUGGUCAAUUGGAGCCAUUUCUGGAACGAUGAAGAAAGAAAAAGAGAGAGAUUUUAUAUCAACUAUUUUAUUACCUCUUAUUUCUCUUUGUGACAGCACGAGAGAUGAAAAUACUCGUGCAAUUAUUGCUGCAGGAAUUAUGUAUAUUUGUUCGCAAUAUCCAAGGUUUAUUACUUUGAACAUGGAGUUAUUCCAUAAGAUUAUUUUCAAGUUGUUUGAUUUCAUGGGACAAGAUGUUCCUGGUAUCAAAGAAAUGGCUGUUCAAACAUUCAACACCAUUGGAAAGAAAGCGAAAAUUUACUUUUGCAAUGACAAAGAACAAACUCCAUUUAUCUUUGAGAUUAUUGAUCAUAUCCAUGAUAUCAUGAAUCCUUUAGAAAACUUGAGUUUAAGAGCUUCUAUUUAUGAUACAAUUUCCAAUAUAGCCAACGGAGCAAAGAACCAAAACAUUGGAAUAAAUGUCAUUAAAAGAUUGACUGAUUCAUUAAAUGUCAAUCUUUCUGUUGGUUCGAGUUAUUUAGAUGGCGAUAAUGUAGAAAAUGUUCAAUUUUCUCUUGAUUGUCAUCGAUUUAUUGCAAUGAAUAAUCCUUUGUUGUAUGUUCCUACAUUAAAUAAUAUGUCAGGAAUAUUAAAUGGAAUUUAUUCAACAGCAACACAAACAGCAUUAAACUGCAUGAAAGAAACAGGAAAUAGAAUGUGGAUGACAAGUUUUAUUAGACUUAAAUCAUGUGUUUUACAGAUUUAUCUGCAAAUACUUCCUAUUUACAGUAAAUCUCCUGUUGACGUCAAAGACAUGAUCAGUUCGAUGCUGAUGAAUUUGUUGGAAAAUAUUGUUACUGAUUAUAUAAUGACACAUGAUGAAAUUGAGUAUUUGAUGGAAAAUGAUCAGACGCAAGAAGAAAAACAAAUGAGACCUGGAUUUAUUCUUAUGGAUUUAAGAGUCCCUGAAGUAUUAGAUAUAAUGAGUUUGGUUUGUACUGAUAUACAAGAUGCAUUAGGAAAUCAAGUUAUUGAUAUGUUUUGUAAAUUGGUUGAAGCAACUUAUCCAAUGCUUGGUCAAAGAAAUAACUAUAAUUCGUACCCACAAAUAAGACCGGCUUUGUUUAAGAUGAUUUCCCUUUUCGUGUCAACAGUUGACUUGGAAACUCUUAGUAAUUUCAUUGAUAUAUUGACAUUGAUUGAUAUUGUACAAAGAGGUGAAGAUCAUCCUGGUUAUGACUCUUCUGCACCUUCUUUCAAAGCAAUGUCAGAAAUUGUCACGAAAUAUCCGAAAUCUCAUGAUACUGUUGAAGUUUUCCAGUCGAUUUUCUUACACGCGUUCUCAACAUUGACUGAUGCAACUCAUAAAGUUGUUUUCGAAGAACAGGUUUCGACAUUGAGAUCAAUUAUCAUCAAUAUUUGCCAAAUUCCGGAUAUUUCGGCUGAAAUUUUGACUGCAUGGCUUGUAGAUGGAAAUGUCUUCCCGAACAUUGAUGUGUCUAUGACAUUGGAAGCUGUGCAACAGUUGAUGAGAGUUGUUGAAGAUCCUGCUGUUUUCAGAACAACAAUUAGAGAUAUUUUGGUUGAAAGUAAAGUUUUCACUGCAACUGAUCCUGAAUUAAGGUUACUUGAGGCAGAACAAUUGAAGGAAAUUGCAGAACAACAAGUUUCUCAUAUACCUGGAAUUGAAGGACCUGCAGCUGUUGAUGCAAAUCAAGUUGCAGAAUAA